AUGUUUCCAUACGCGGCGGCCGUUGGCAUAGAGUUCAAUGUGGCGUUUCCGCGACAACAAAAAAUUCCAGUUGAACUUCUCAACAACGGUAUCAUGGUGGACCUCCUCGGCUUCGUUAAAGCCGUGCACAAAGCCGCGUGCCUCUUCUUCUUCGAUGUUCUGCAGUUUAACUUUGACCUGGACAUGGACUGGGACAAUCCACGCUGCUUAGCGUACGCGCGCAAAGCUUACAGCGCGGCCAAAGGGCUGCGCCGCCAUCACAGCAGUAGCCAGAGGAGUUUGGAAAAGCUCUACAGCGUUUUCAGGCUUCCAGAGGUUUCUCCAGAGAGAACUGAGACCUCAGCUGAACACAACAACAGCCUGUUCAUGGCAGGAACCAUGCCGGCGUACGAUGACCGGAUCGGCGACCCGUUCCUGGUGAGAAAAGUUGGAAGUAAGAAACGCCAACAGCUGAGCAUGGACCGGUUCCCUCUGUGUCGAGAGCUGGGCGUCACACUCGUCUUGCGGGGCGCGAAGGCACCACCACAGAAACUCAACACGGCGCUCUUGACCAACAGGACGGUUCUGGAGAUUGUGAACUUCGUCUAUAUUAUGUCUGGUCUGGAAAAAGGAAAAGAGAACCUCCAAAUGCUCCAGGAACUGAUUUUGCACAAUUUUGGCCCAGUGUUUGAACCCAUCUACUUAAACGUUGAGGUGAAGUCCAUCAUCAGCAAAAAGUACAGCACGCCGCACUCCAGCUACGCUGCGUUCUUCGAGACACCGUUUAAGUUCAUGCAGAAAUCCACCAGAAUCAAACGAAGAACAGAGGUGGAGGACUUGGUGGAGAAUCAUCCGGCAGAGAAGAAGAUGAAGCAGUGGUGCUAUGAUUCCUCACCGGACCAAAGCGAGUCCUACAUGUGCCCAGUCGACUUUGAAAGCUCUUUACCUCAGAGUGUACUUCUUGAAAGCGUUAAAAGCGAAAAUCUGGAGGUCAACAUAGAAUUCCCACAAUCCACUCAUCAAACAAUGCAUUGGGGAAGUCCGGAAGUCCAUCCCAGCUGUAGUAGAAUGUACUCACCCUCAACUUCCCCUGAGCUGCCAAUUUCCGAGAUCUUUUCCGGCGACGAUCUGACGAUGAAGCAGAAGUCGGUGACGCAGAGAGAGUGGGCGCACCGUGGGAAACGCGUCACAGAAAUCCUGCACUAUGGCAAUGAGGGGAAUUACUUUCUGAGUCACAGCAGGAAGAUCAAGCUGGAUUAUAACGUUGCGUCCGUAUGCGUGAGAAAACUGGACAAGAAGUAUCUGACGAACCACACACUGUUCGAAACAUACAAGUUCUGCUCUAAACUGUCGCGCAACAUGAACAACUUCCUGCGGGACCUGCUGGAGCGCCACUUUGACUACACCUUCCCUGAAAACUUCCAGUCGUAUCUGAAUGGGAAGGAAAGGGGCUUACUGAACCAGGAGCUCACGGAGGAACUUCUGAAUACGCGUGUCCAGUUCUUAGAGGUGUACGCAUCCAGAGAAAUCGCAAACGCUCACAAGAAGCCAGCGAUAUCAGGCGCGGGACUGGAUGACGAGUUUCCUCACUGUAGAAGAAUUGGCGUGAACCUCUGGUCACUGACAGGACCCCCGGGGGAGAAGCUCGCUCUGAACACGCUAACCAACGGCGCACUGCUUGAGUUCUUUGCUUUCAGCAGACGCCUUUGCAGCAGCUCGGAGCGGCUGAUGCGUGAGCUUUUGGAGCACAACUUCCACGUGAGAAUGCGAGAUGAGGCAUCUGAGGAAGCGAGAGGCCUUCACCGGUGGCUGAUCCUGAACAGGAUCACGCUGAAGAAGCCGUCCGUGAGCAUGCGGCAAAACCCGUGGCGCUACGACACCGUGGAUUUGAAGGUGUACGGGAAGCUAGCCAAAAGAACGGGCCCCGAGGUGGAACUGGAGAGCCCCUCGCCACCAAAAGCCAAAGAGAUCCUUACCUACGACACCUGCAAAGAAAUCGGGCUGGACUUAAACUUGAGUCACAAGUCUCCUACCAAGCGCAAGCUGGAACUGUCGGUGUUGACUAGGGGAGCGCUUUUUGAGGUGCACCGUUACGUCCGUGCCAAAUGCAAGCGCUACGUCCCGACUCUGUACGAAAUCCUGGACUACAACUUUGACCUGAGCUCGCAGGGACACCGGCGCGUGGAGUUUGCCUGGGCAGUGGCCUCACAGGUGCUGGCGAUGGUGCGUAAGAGCGCACGAGGAGAAGACUACAUGAAGCGUGUGUUUGUGCUGCCUUUUGAGUGCGAGGAACCGACCGCCGUGUGCAAACAAGAAGAAGAAGAGACCACAGGGAUCACAGGGACCACAGGGACCACAGGGACCACAGGGACCGAGAGCGGCGAUGAGGUGGUGUUUGUGCGCAGGCUGGUGCCGGUGGACAUCGACGUGGAGAUCGAUUAG